ACAAAAAGGAAAGAAGAAAUGGUGCCGCUAAAACUCGCAGUAGCGGCAUUUUUAGUGGUAGGAUUAGUUGUGAAUACAGUAGCAGAAGAUCCUUAUAGAUUCUUUGAGUGGAAUGUUACUUAUGGCACUAUUUAUCCUCUUGGAGUUCCUCAACAGGGAAUUUUGAUCAAUGGCCAAUUUCCUGGACCUGAUAUUUACUCUGUUACUAAUGACAAUAUCAUUAUCAACGUUUUCAACAGCUUGGACGAACCUUUUCUUCUUUCCUGGAAUGGAAUACAAAACAGAAGAAACUCAUUUGAAGACGGAGUAUAUGGUACAACAUGCCCAAUACCACCAGGAAAAAAUUUCACAUACAUUCUACAAAUGAAAGAUCAAAUAGGAAGUUAUUACUAUUUCCCUUCUCUUGCAUUUCACAAAGCUGCUGGUGGUUUCGGAGGAAUUAAAAUUCUCAGCAGGCCUAGAAUCCCCGUUCCUUUUCCGGAUCCUGCAGACGAUUACACCGUCCUCAUUGGAGAUUGGUACAAGAAAAACCACACGGCGUUGAAAGCAAUUCUUGAUGGAGGAAAGAAGUUACCUUUUCCUGAUGGCAUUCUUAUCAAUGGACGUGGACCUAAUGGUGUUUCUUUCACAGUUGAGCAAGGGAAAACUUAUAGACUGAGGAUAUCCAAUGUUGGAUUACAAAAUUCGUUGAAUUUCCGUAUUGAGGGACACAAGAUGAAAUUAGUUGAAGUAGAGGGAACACACACAUUGCAAACUACUUAUUCCUCACUUGAUGUUCAUGUUGGGCAAACCUAUUCUGUCCUCAUUACAGCUGAUCAAGAAGCUAAAGACCACUACAUUGUUGUUUCAUCGCGUUUCACAUCUCAGGUCCUCACUACCACCGGUGUACUUCAUUAUAGCAACUCUAACACCCCCGUCUCUGGUCCUCCUCCUGGUGGUCCUACCAUCCAAAUCGAUUGGUCCCUUAACCAAGCCCGCUCCAUCAGGACAAACUUGUCGGCAAGUGGACCAAGGCCAAAUCCACAAGGUUCAUACCAUUAUGGAAUGAUCAACACAACCCGAACCAUCAGACUUGCUAGUUCUGCUGGUCAAGUAAAUGGCAAGCAGAGAUAUGCAGUCAACAGCGUGUCGUUUGUGCCACUUGAUACUCCUCUCAAGCUUCUUGACUACUUCAAAGUUGGUGGAUUCCGCGUUGGAAGCAUAUCUGAUGCUCCAAGUGGUGGAGGAAUUUUCCUAGACACGUCUGUUCUAGGCACUGAUUACAGGCAGUUCAUUGAGAUUGUAUUCGAGAACACUGAGGACAUCGUCCAAAGCUGGCAUCUCAAUGGCUACUCUUUCUGGGUUGUAGGGAUGGAUGGAGGGCAGUGGACUCAAGCUAGUAGAAACGGAUACAAUCUUCGUGAUGCAGUUGCACGUUGCACAACUCAGGUGUAUCCUAAGUCAUGGACUGCCAUAUAUAUUGCAUUGGACAAUGUAGGAAUGUGGAACCUAAGGACUGAAUUUUGGGCACGACAAUACCUCGGACAACAAUUAUACAUGAGAGUUUACACUACAUCAACUUCUUUGAGAGAUGAAUAUCCAAUUCCAAGGAACGCUCGUCUUUGUGGCAAAGUGGCUGGCCGGCACACACGACCACUUUAAGCAAAGUUUGCAAUUCUAAUAGAGAGGAAUUUUAUUUAUACAGUCCUUAUUAUUGCGAGUUUUAGAAGUAAUAUCUUAUUACUACUACUACUACGGCCAUUGGUUUACCACUAGCUGCUAAUUUGAAUGACCUUAACUCAAGGUCUCAUUCUUUCUUCCACGGAACUUUGUAUUUCGUUCUUUCCCCAUUGUUUUAGUUGUAUUAAAAUGAAGUGUUUUUUUUCCAUUAGUGUAUGCAGAUUUGAUGCUUUCUACA